AUGGAAUCACUCCAGACAGUGCUGGUCGCAAACCGUGGCGAAAUAGCCGUGCGGAUUUUGAAGACAGCAAAAAAGCUAAAUUUGCGAACAAUUGCUCUUUACACCGAGCCAGAUGCCGCUUCCGCUCACGUUCAACUAGCGGAUGAGGCCUUCCUGCUUGACGGACCACCUUCAAAAGCAUACAUCGAUGGAGACCAAAUAAUCGAAUUAGCGAAGCGUAACCAUGUGGACGCUAUCGUUCCAGGAUAUGGCUUUCUGUCAGAGAAUGCAGAUUUCGCAAGAGCCAUUGCCAAGGCCGGUAUGGUCUUUGCUGGGCCAUCGCCAGAAUGUAUCGAAGCAUUUGGGCUGAAGCAUACGGCACGAGACCUCGCCACAAAGGCCGGGGUACCUAUCGUACCUGGAUCACCAGGCCUGGUGACGAGCGAGGAGGAGGCUGUGAAGGUAGCCAAAGACCUAGGGUUUCCGGUUAUGCUCAAAGCUACCGCUGGCGGCGGUGGGAUGGGUCUACUGACAUGCAGUUCCGAAGACGAAGUACGCGAGUCGUUCGCUACCGUCAGGUCUAGAGGAGAGGCCUUGUUCAAGAAUGCCGGAAUGUUCAUUGAACGAUAUUAUCCGUCUAGCCACCAUAUCGAAGUGCAGGUCUUUGGAAAUGGAAACGGCAGGGCCAUUGCCAUUGGCGAACGCGAAUGCUCCAUACAACGAAGACACCAGAAAAUAAUCGAAGAGUGCCCAAGUCCAUUUGUCACCAGAAACCCUGGGCUCCGCAAAAGCUUGAGCGACGCUGCUGUUCGUCUUGCGGAGUCUAUCAAUUAUGGAUCAGCCGGAACGAUCGAGUAUCUUGUUGACGAUGAGACUGGUGCAUUCUUUUUUCUUGAAAUGAAUACCCGACUUCAAGUCGAGCAUGGAAUAACAGAAUUAUGCUACGGUGUUGAUUUGGUGGAACUCAUGCUGAAUCAAGCAGAUGCUCAACUUUCGGGAAAGAAGGGUCUUGAGGUAGCCUUUCUUACGAGCAUCCCAGUCGAUACUCCUUCAGGUGCCGCCAUCGAGGCUAGAGUAUAUGCCGAGAAUCCGACAAAAGACUUUGCUCCUUGUCCUGGAACGUUACAGAAUGUGGAAUGGAAGGAACUGCCAGGAUCAAGGAUUGACACGUGGGUGUACAGAGGCAUUAAAAUAUCCGCAAACUAUGACCCUUUGCUGGCGAAGGUCAUGCUUCAUUCCCCAAGCCGAGAGCAAACCAUUGAGGGAAUGAGGACGAUAUUAGCACAGUCCCGAAUCUGCGGCCCCCCAACUAACCUGGAGUUUAUGGUUGAGAUUCUUACUGACGAACGGUUUGUCGCCGGAAAUACCCUAACCAGAUUCCUGGACGAUUUUCAAUGGAAGCUGUCAGCUAUUGAUGUUAUGUCUGGUGGUGCUUAUACGCUCAUUGAGGACUGGCCUGGUCGUCCAACCUUGGGCAAAGGGUUCUGCCAUUCCGGGCCAAUGGAUCCUUUAGCGUUCCGUAUCGCAAACGCGCUUGUGGGAAAUCCCGUUGGGUUGGAGGCUCUUGAGAUAACCUUAAGCGGGCCAGAACUACGUUUCCUGGGACCUGCACUCAUAUCUCUCUGCGGGGCGCCCAUUGAAGCCAGCCUUGACAACGUCCCUAUACGUAUGUGGUCAAGAAUUAAAGUAGAAGCCGGCCAACGGUUGAAGAUUGGCAAGACCAUCGGGAAUGGCUGCAGAGCCUACCUAGCAGUAUUCGGAGGCUUCUUGAACGUCGCCGAAUGGUUCGGGUCGAAGUCUACAUCUCCAAUGGUUGGCGUCGGAGGUUAUCAAGGCCGGCAGCUUGCAUCCGGUGACUUACUAUCAAUAACUAACAAUGUACCCGAUGGUCUUGGUAAUCUCUCUAUACCGGAGCACCUCCUUCCCGAAUACACUGACCAUUGGGAGUUCCUUUCUAUGCCGGGACCUUAUGAUGAAGGGUAUCUUACCCCCGAGAGUAUUGACAUGCUGUACGAAACGGAAUGGAAGAUCUCCCACAAUGCAGCAAGAGGCGGCAUCCGUCUUCUCGGACCUAAGCCGAAGUGGGCUCGCUCGGAUGGAGGAGAGGGUGGCGCCCAUCCAUCCAAUCUGAUAGAGUAUGGGUACGCUAUAGGCUCACUUAAUUGGACAGGUGACGACCCUGUGAUCUUCCCGCAGGAUGCGCCGGACUUCGGUGGGUUUAUAAGUAGCCACACGAUCGUUAAGGCGGAUCUGUGGAAGCUAGGGCAGGUGAAAGCAGGUGAUACACUGAAAUACAGAGCUACUUCCUUGGAAGAUGCCUUAGCGUCACGCAACCAUACGGAGAGAUUUGUUCGCGAAGUUGUCAAAUGUUGUCACGAUGGAGGAAACUUUGGUGACAUAGCUCCUUUGAAGGAUACCCUCCCUUCAGCGCUGACGAAAGAGAUACGUGGUACUGGGGUUGUUCACCAGAUCCAGGAGCAGGGAACUCAACCACUCGUUAAUUAUCGACAGGCGGGAGACGACUAUAUCCUGAUCGACUAUGGCACGGGGUCCUUCGACCUGAACCACCGCUGUAGAGUUACUGCCCUGAAGAAAAUCCUAAGUGAAGGCAAUGGAGAUAUCACGUUCUCCAACGGACUGGUCUCAAUGAUUGGAUGUGGAAACUCCCUCAUGCUCUACUACGACGGCACUAAACUCCCCCAGCAUAAACUCAUAGCCUACCUUUGUGACCUCGAGACCAAGCUGGGCGAUCUCAGCGAAGCAAAGAUGCCCAGCCGACUAUUCAAGCUUCCACUCGCAUUUGAAAGCCAGCGCCAAAAGACCGCCAUCGAACGAUACAUGGAGACACAGCGCCCUUACGCCUCCUACCUCCCAGACAACAUGAAUUUCGUUGCAAAGAACAACGCCUUCACAAAAGCGGAAGUCGAGAAUAUCUAUCUAACUGCACGAUUAAUGGUCGUAUCCGUUGGAUUUUUCACAGCGCUCCCUCUAGCACUCCCAGUCGACCCGCGCCAGCGAAUGAACUGCCCGAAAAUGAAUCCCAGCCGAGUCUACACGCCUGCAGGCUCAGUGUCGUGGGGUGGUAGUUGCAUGGCUUUAUACAAUGUGAACUCUCCCGGAGGCUACCAAAUGACUGGAAUGACGAUCCCAGGCGUCGACAUCCUAGGAUCCAAGAGGGGAUACACACCUGAUAGACCAUGGCUCUUCGAAGAAUUCGACCAAAUCACAUUCUAUCGCGUAUCAGAAAAAGAAUACGAAAAGGAGUUGGCCCUCUUCAACAGCGGCCGAUACGAAUACCAAUGGGAAGAAGUGAUUUUCGAUAUGGCAGAGCACAACAAGCUCCUCCGCGACACCAAAGAAGAAGUCGCAACCAUCCGAGCACGCCAGCGCAAGGCACAAGUUGAGAUGGACAAACUUGAGGCGGAACUCUUAGAACGCUGGGCAAAGGAGAAAGCUGAGAAAGGUGUCCCGGUUGAUGCCAUUGAGAGUUUAUUGAAAGACCCUCGGAUUCUUCCAAUCGAAGCUCCGUUGAAUGCUAAUAUUUGGAAAGUCGAGGUCAAGCAGGGUGACAAGCUCGAUGAGGGCCAGGUUGUGGUUAUUUUGGAGGCGAUGAAACUCGAAAUCGCAGUGCGGACUGAACUGCAUGCCGCUGGUGCGACAGUGGAAAAGGUCCUGGUUCAACCGGGUGAUUCUAUAGAGGCCGGGAAACCUUUGGUAUUAGUGAGAAAUACUUGA